AUGGCGCCCCGCGCGCGCGACGGCGACGUCGACGUCCGCGGUGGACUCCCGUGGACGCUCCUGUGCGCCUCGUUCGUGAACUUUGCGAGCUUCCACGCGGUCAGAGAGGGAUACAUGGCGUGCAAGCCGGCGCUGCGCGCGCGGGACGCGUACCCGGCGGCGCUCUUAGGCGAGGUCGACUUUGGGUUCUGCCUCGCCUACGCCCUCGGUCUGGCGUGCAGUGGACUGGUGGGGCGGCGGUUCGGGUAUCGGCGGACGAUCGCGACGUCGUUCGCGCUCACGGCUGUGUUCGCGUGCGGAUUGGGCGCGGCGGUUGGAUACGGACCGCGGACGCGGACGAGCGACGACGCGUGGCGCCGAGCGCGGCUCGCGCACUUGCCGUAG